AUUGUAAAUUUAAAGGAAUGUCAUCUUUAACGCAUAUGCAGUGUUAUACUGCGUUCCUGAAACUGUCACCUGGUGUUAUUGUACUUACUUUGUUUUUAAAUCAAUUUGUAUAGCCUAUCUACAUACUGAACUGUCACGGGUGCUUUCAAUGACGUAGGACUGCCAUAUUUUUUUUCUAUAUGGGGCCUGCCAGGGGGUCAGCCAAAUUGUUGGGGGUUUGGAGGUGGCCAUGCAAGAUGUUUUGUGAUAAUCGAAUGGUGCGCAUAAUAAACAAUUAAACCAGUAUAAUAGCGGGGCGCAACGUUUCGGCAGAUAUGCUCGAAUCGCUCGGGCAAACGGUCUGGAUUGGCGAAGAAAAAGCCUUUCACUCAAAACAUCUUUCUCACAUGCGAUAAGAAUUUUACGUCACAAAUUCAAUUCGGGGCGAGUGUGUAGUGCCGCGUCGAGGUUAUACCUGAAAUUGGGACAAUGGGCUUUAACAUUCACCUACGUUUUAUCCUCCAGCUAUUACAUUAAAUGAGUACUGUAUAGUUUUGCUAUGCAACACCAAUUCCUUCCGCGACACGAGUUGUCUUGGUGAUUUUGUUGAAUUCGCUGACCGCGAAUGCGGUGCCCUACCCCGUCGCACUAUUUUUGUCUGUACGCUUUAUUUACACGUAUUUCUCUUGUUGCGUGUUUUCUUCGCCAAAUAUUUUGGCUAUCUUUGUAGCGGUUACGUAAUUUCCGACGUGAGUAAUUCCGGCACCAUGGCCGAUGAUGAAUUAAAUGAAACUCGAUUGUUUUACACGUAGUGGCGUGUGGACAUAUAUACCACGCAAAGUUAAAGGGAAUUGAUUUUUGACAUUCUUUGGAUAAGGGAAAGAAAGAAGUUGGAUGCUUGUUGGUAAUUCGCUGGUAACAUGAUCGGGAAACUGUUGCCGCACGAUUGUAAACAAAUUAAUGUUUAAACAGUGAAAGUGAUCCUAUUUAGAUAUGUCUAUUGGAAAUUAUCUUCUUAAGGAAUGUCAUCACAUCAUAAUGUGGUGGAUUGAAAUACUAUUAAAUAAUAUUGUUAAGAAUGACAGAAGUAGUAUCCAAAGACUUUGGUAAGGAACAUCCUUAUCGAAAAAGAGACAUGUCAGAUUCGUCGCAACACCAAUAUAAUCAACCUCCUCCUGAUAUUAUGCCAAAGGGGCUUGCGAUCAAUGGCAUAGGAGGAAGGUUACGCCAAUUAGAAGCCCUUUUUAUUGGUGGUCCUGUACAGGGAGAAGGAAGAGUAGGCCACACAUUUUCUAUUGAGACACUCAUCGAUAUUUUACUUGUCUUAUAUGAUGAAUGCUGCAAUUCUUCCUUACGGCGUGAAAAGACUGUCUCUGAUUUUAUUGAAUUUGUAAAACCAGUAGCCACUUGCAUAAAGAGUUUGCAAUUGGCACGAGAGGAUUUUGAGAUAGUAAAAGUUAUAGGUAGAGGUGCAUUUGGGGAAGUAUGUGUUGUAAGAAUGCGUGGUUCAGACAAAGUUUUUGCAAUGAAGAUUUUGAACAAAUGGGAAAUGUUAAAGCGUGCAGAAACUGCAUGCUUUAGGGAGGAACGAGAUGUACUGGUGUAUGGUGAUCGUAGAUGGAUCACAAAUCUUCAUUAUGCCUUUCAAGAUGACAAUAAUUUGUAUUUGGUCAUGGAUUAUUACUGUGGUGGAGAUCUGUUGACACUGUUAAGCAAAUUCGAGGAUCGCCUUCCAGAAGAUAUGGCACGUUUUUAUAUAGCUGAAAUGGUGUUGGCUAUAGGAUCCAUACAUGACUUACGUUAUGUGCACCGUGAUAUUAAACCUGAUAAUGUUUUGUUAGAUGCAAAUGGUCACAUUAGAUUAGCCGAUUUUGGAUCUUGUUUACGAUUGUUUGAAGAUGGCACCGUACAAAGUAAUGUUGCUGUUGGUACACCAGAUUAUAUUUCACCAGAGAUAUUAAGGGCAAUGGAAGAUGGACAAGGACAAUAUGGGCCUGAGUGUGAUUGGUGGUCGUUAGGAGUAUGCAUGUAUGAAAUGCUAUAUGGGGAGACACCUUUUUAUGCGGAAUCUCUAGUCGAAACAUACGGAAAAAUUAUGAAUCAUAAGAAUUGCUUUGACUUCCCAGCAGAUGAUAUAUAUGAAGUUUCUGAAGAAGCUAAGGAUUUAAUGAGAAAGUUAAUAUGUAGUUCAGAAUUUAGAUUAGGUCAGAAUGGAAUUGACGAUUUUAAGAAACACCCAUGGUUUGACGGAGUUAACUGGGAUACUCUUAGGGAUAGCACUGCACCUUACAUUCCUGAAGUUUCCUCGCCGACUGAUACAUCAAAUUUUGAUGUUGAUGAUACGGAUGUCCGCAGCUCAGAUGCGGUUCCGCCAGCAGCAAAUUCUGCGUUUUCUGCACUUCAUUUGCCUUUUGUUGGUUUCAGUUUCACGCAAGGAAGUUGUAUAUCAGAUCUGGGUUGUUUGCCAGUUAUAACUCAAAAAGAUAAACGUGUGCAAUUGCUUGAAGAAGAAAAUGCACAGUUAACGAAAGCAAUCGAAGAUUUAAAGAAUCAAGUCGGGCAUUCUUUGCCAGGAAUAUCACCAGAUUCUAAUAAUGCAACAAGAAAACUUCAGGACGAGAUAAACACACUUACCAAACGCAAUUGCGAGUUAGAAUCACAAUUAAAGUCUAUGGAAGUCCCACGAGAAUUGCGCAAUUUAGACAACGGCGAAAUGACAAAAUUACGAGAAUUAGAAAAGCUAGUGCGUUCUCUUCGAUUGGAAAAGGAGGAGGCUAUUAAAGAUAAAUUAGAUGCUCAAGAGAAGCUUAAACUUCAAGAUAAAGAGUUAAAAGACGCGUUAACGCAACGGAAAUUGGCAAUGGCUGAAUAUACUGAAGUUACAGACAAGUUAUCAGAAUUAAGACAACAAAAGCAAAAGUUGUCUAGACAAGUUAGAGAUAAAGAGGAAGAAUUGGAAGUUGUAAUGCAGAAGGUUGAUAGUUUGCGGCAUGAUAUUCGGAAAGCCGAGAAGUUACGAAGGGAACUAGAAAAUCGAGUAGAGGAGGCAAUGGCGGAAACGAGUAAGGAAAGAAAAUUACGAGAGCGUAGCGAAGAAUAUUGUAAGCAAAUGCAAGAAGAGACCGAAAAGAUUAGACAAAGGUCUAUAGGGAAUGAUGUAAGUGCAAAUCACGCAUUAGCAACGCAAGAAAUCAAUAGGUUAAAAGCGGAAGUGGAAAAACUUGAAGUUCAGUACAAUGAAAAUUUGAACCAGCUACAAGGUAGAUUCAAUCUUGAAAUUCGUAGUCUCCAAGAACAACUGCACGAGACUGAAACAAGAAGAGAUUUAUUGGAAAGAGAAGUGCAAUUAACAAAAGAAAAAUUAGAUGCUGCAAGAUUGGAAAACAUUACUGACAGCGAAGAGACUAUAAAUGAAUUAAGUAGACGUCACGAGAGAGAAAAAAUUAUGCUAGUCGAAGAAAAUAAAAAGCUUAUGUUAGAACUUAACACUCUUACUGAUAGUGUUAAUAGAAUACAAGGUGAAAGGCGACAACUGGAAGAAGAAUACGAAGAGUUAAGAAAUAAAAAAGAAGCUAUUGCACAAUGGGAAGCCCAGAUUACAGAGAUUAUCCAAUGGGUAUCUGAUGAAAAAGAUGCCAGAGGAUACUUGCAGGCCUUAGCUACGAAAAUGACAGAAGAAUUAGAGUUUUUGAAACACUCUGGUGGUGUAGGAGGUGUAGGAAGUGGUUCUGCAAUGGCGGAUAAGAACUGGAGGAAUCGUAGAUCACAGAAGCUCGAUAAGAUGGAGCUUUUGAAUCUACAAAGUUCUUUACAAAGUGAAAUACAGGCUAAACAGGCAAUAUCUGAAGAACUUACAAAGACUCGGUCUGAUUUGAUUGCUGCUCAAAAGGAGUUAAGAGACUUCAGACAACGGUUUGAUACUCUUACACAUGAGAUAAAACGCAAAGAAAUACAAAUAAAAGAAUUACAAGCAAGACUCGACACAGGCGACGGCUUUUUAGAACGUCCUACAUCCCAAAUGUCAUACUUGGAACAUUUUUUGAAAGAAACUGCGAGCAGUACACGUCAUGGAAGUGCAGAUAGUGUUGAGGCUGAUAUUGAGGAUAAUCGUGCACCAAGUAUUUCUAGCAGCAAAAGUAAUUUGUCCGAGCUCAGCAUUGAUCCAACAUCACCAUUAUCCCAUGAGCUCCUAAAUAAGUCAUCAGCACCACAUGGGCAAUCCAAUCUUCAGCCUAAACCAAAAUCUCACCAAUUUCUAGUAAGAACAUUCUCAGCGCCUACAAAAUGUAAUCAUUGCACUUCAUUGAUGGUGGGUUUAACGAGACAAGGAGUAGUAUGCGAAGUUUGUGGUUUCGCAUGUCAUAUGCCUUGUUGCGAUAAGGUGCCACCAAUGUGUCCUGUGCCUCAUGACCAAACAAAACGACCAUUGGGUAUUGAUCCCACGCGAGGAAUAGGUACAGCUUACGAAGGAUAUGUUAAAGUGCCAAAAAUGGGUGGAGUGAAAAAGGGUUGGGUUCGUCAGUUCGUGGUUGUUUGCGACUUCAAAUUAUUUCUUUAUGACAUUUCACCCGAUCGUAAUGCAUUACCAUCUGUGUCUGUGUCUCAAGUAUUAGAUAUGCGAGACGAAGAAUUCAGUGUUAGUUCUGUUCGAGAUUCGGAUGUCAUACAUGCUACGAAAAAAGACAUUCCAUGCAUAUUUAGGAUAACCACAUCCCUCCUAGAACCACCUGGUUUAAGAAAUCACACAUUGAUGCUUGCGGACACUGAAAGUGAAAAAACAAAAUGGGUAGUUGCUUUAAGUGAAUUGCAUAGAAUACUGAAGAAAAACAAUCUUCCUAAUACAACGAUUUUUAGAGCAAAAGAAUUAUUAGAUAAUACAUUGGCGCUCAUUAAAAAUGUGAUGUCAGGAGCAAUUAUUGAUCCAGAUCGUCUAGUCAUUGGCACAGAAGAAGGCCUCUUCUGUUUAGAUUUAGAUCGUAGUGAAAUUGCAAGAGUUGGAGAAGGCAAGAAAAUAUACUUACUGGAAUAUGUAACGGAAGAACAAUUAAUUGUAGUUUUAAGUGGAAAACAACGUCAUGUACGGCUGGUCCCAGUACGUGCAUUGGAUGGAGAUGAAGUUGAAUGGAUUAAAGUUGCAGAGACAAAAGGAUGUAUUACUUUAACAACAGGAGUAGUACGACGUACUCCAUUAACAUAUUGUUUAUGCGUUGCCAUAAAGAAACAGAAUGCAUCACAAGUGAUCAUCUACGAAAUAACGCGUACGAAAACACGUCAUAAACGUAUACGUGAAUUGAUGUUACCGUGUCACGCACAAACCCUGCAAGUACUCUCUGAAGGUCGUUUUUGUGUUGGAUAUCCUUCUGGGUUUUCUAUCUACAGCAUUUUAGGAGACCAUCACCCGAUUUCAUUGGUCCAUUCUGAGAAUACGCUCUUAGGUUUUCUCACGUAUAGCGCUGUGGAUGCUUUACGUUGUAUCGAAUUACCGCGUGGUGAAUUCUUAUUAGUCUUCCAUACAUUGGCAGUAUACGUCGACAGCCAAGGUAGAAAGAAUAGAGAUCGUGAAAUUAUGUAUCCCGCUGUUCCUACGGCAGUUAGUUAUUGCGAAGGUUACUUACUAGUUUAUAGUGAUACACACAUCGAUGUGUUUGACUGUACAACCGGAGAUUGGUUGCAAACACUAAACGUAAAACGAGCACGACCACUGAAUACUUCAGGUUCUUUAACGUCUUGCAUAAUUAAUGACAUGCCACACGUUAUUUUCCUGAGCAACUUACAUCAACGAGAAUUACUCAAUUUAACACCACUAGACGCAAGCGGUAGACAAAUGACAAGACCACGAAGGAGAUUUUCAUUGAGAGAAGGAAACAGAGCUGUUCGUCCCACGGAUAGACGCUCCAAAAUGAUAUCAGCGCCGACGAACUUCAAUCAUAUCAGUCAUGUGGGUCCAGAUAAUGGGAUACAGAUACAACGAUUACUAGAUUUGGCUACUACACUUGAAACAACUGAUCAACAGCACAGUGGUCAUCAUAGUAGUUCUCAUCUUCACAGCAGUCAACAAAGAUUAUACGGACCUACACUUCAAUCAGCGAGCAAGCCAGCACCAUUGCCACCCAGGCACCCUCCAUCUGACACACGACGUCUUAGUUCUCAUAUAUCCAGAAAUUCGGGAUACUCGCCGCAUAAUGGCUCAACAUCGUCUCGAAGAGGACCGGCACCACCACGACCAACUGCAACUCCACCUUCGUUACCGCGUACCCCUGUGGACCAAGUUGAUUCAGAAUCGGUACACCUACGAACUCACACUCCACUUUCUCUUGGCAGUAUCGCAUCUUUACACGACAAGGAACAUACUUCUGGCGGAAGCCCAAGACAUUCAAUAGCUUCAAACAACAGUUCAAAUCCGUCAACGCCUCCAAGUCCAGCUCACGAUCAUGGUUCAUCCUCAUACGACUCGUAAAAAAAUUAUUUAACAUUUCUAAUAACACGGAUAAGUUACUGUAAUCAUUUGCAUUACCUGAAUGAUAGAAUUACAGUAUCUAUGAUAAUAUCUUUAUACAAGAAUGAUGUCUGUGCUUGAUCCUUUCAGCUGAAAAAUUUUUACGGUUCUCUUUCUUUUUUUAAUUUUGUGCAAUACGUUCUUUUCUAAAUAUUGUGCAUUAUAUUGCAUUGCAUUACAAACGUACAACUAAAAGCAUAAUACUCCUACAUAUAAUUGAAUAAACAAUUUAUAAGUUGCACAUUUUAAAAUACUUAGUUCAAUAUAAUGUUCUGAUGAGUAACAUUAUUUUAAGUAGAAUUUUAAUAACGUAUUGCAAUUUCUAUUUGACUUUCAUAAAUUUAUGCAUAAUAAGUUGUAUACUAAAGAAAAAAAUUUAUAAGUAUAAUAUAAUGAUAAAUUAUUGUACAUAAUUUAUGCGUUUUGAAAGAUCAAUGAGCCAACUUCACGAUGCCAUAAUUAUCAAAAUAGGUGUCGUUUAUUUUUUUCCUUUUAGUAAAUUUUUAUGGAAAUUUCAUUUCGCAUAAUACAAAUCUUUAAUCGUUACGACUAUUCUUAAAUUAAUAAGAACCGGAAUCUCAGUCAAAUUAUCUAGCAAUAAAAAAAGAAUUAAUCUACUUAAUCUAUUGUACCUACUUUUGAAUCUAGGUAUAAAAAGAAUAGUUUCAAGUAAAUUAUAUAUUCAAUCAUUCGUAGCGGCAUAAACGAAUUUGGAGGACGUGAAUCGAUUUGAUUGCCUUAUGACUAAAUAUUUUUUAUUAUGUCAUAAUGCAGUGAAGUGCAUCAUAUUAUUCAGCGUGUGAAUAGUAGGAUAAUCGUGCAAUGUAUCGGAAUCUCCAGCUGAUAAUAGGUAGUCAUUUAAGUAAGGUGGCUAUAAACAACUUUUACACAACGUACGAGUAUUAUAUUGACAGUAACAAAACGAUGUUGAACAUUGAUUUGUCCUUACUGCAACGAAAACUGUGUUUUCCCUCACAAAUAUUACCGCUUUCUCUAUCUUAGUCGAUAGGUAUCAUUGCGAAACUAUUAAUUCAUUUUUUAAAAAUUACAUUUACAUCCUAACGGUAACAGUGUGCAAAUACAAUGCAUGACUGAGAAAGAACAAUAUUGAGAACCUGACGAUUACUUUAAAUUAAAUAAUGUGAAAUUUCUACACCAGCGUAUUCGCAACAAUUUUAAUAAGGCAGAACUAUAAAUGCCAUAUGAUAACUGCAGCAUUUUUUAUUACUUUUAUAUUAAAAAUGGUAAAAAAAAGUAACAAAUCCAAAAAAAGGUUUCACAUUAUUUUAAAAUUAAUAGGAAUUGCAUGACAAUUAAUUGGUUGCAUUCAGUUUGAUUUUAUAGGCGUAAGAUUAGAAUGAACAGAACAUAGAGAAAAAGAAAAUACAAUUACCAGAAGAACGCAAACACGAUAACAAGUUUUAUAUGUUUCAAUGUACAAAAUAUACAUUUUUCAUGUAUGUAUAUUUAUAAAGAUUUGCUAACUAGACUGAGUGAAAAGAGUUGAUAGAACAAGAUAACUAUCUCAGGAUUCUAUGCCAGUAGUUGGAAUACGAAAUAAGAUGUAACGGUUAAGAAUCCCGAGUUGUUUGAUCAUAUGAAACAGUAUGGGGUUCGAAGAUUGUUCUUCGUCUUGAAAUUUUUGGACAUGUCGUACACAGUCAAACAAGAGAAGCCAACAGUUACACAAUAUCAAUCAAGUUUUUUAAGAAAAAAAAUUAGAAUCUAAUCUUGCAUUUGAAUUUUCAUAUAUUUAUAACGAAUUUUAAAAAGACAAGUUUAGGAGCUUUCGAAAUUUUAUGGAAUAUUAAAAAUGUUACUGGUAGAAAUAUCAAGGCACCUACAUUCCGUAUAAUUCUAUUUUAUUUUCAUGAAACAUUAUUAGUAUUUCUCAAACAUGAAUUUCCAACUCUUUAAACGGUCGUCAUUGAUAGGCACACAGACAGUUGAAUGUAACGUAACUAUAAAAGAAGUGUAAUUUCGAAAAAAAAAGAAAAAAAGCAAGGUAAAACUGCAACCACGAAACGUCUUCGACAGAUUUGUGUAAUGGUAACAAAUUUACGAGAAUAUAUUAUAAAUAAAGUAUAUAUCGACUGCAAUAGAUUUGACAUUCUUAUAUUUAAAAAAAAUAUAUAUAGACUAUACCGUUAAUAGAAGAAACGUGUUAAUGUUAUCAAACAAAGAAUGUAAUAGUACAGGCAUUGCUGUCCGUAUUGGAGUAAAAUAAAAGUUAAAACUGAGUUCUAGGAUCUAUUCUAGAAGUGUAAUCGAGGUGUGUUUAUAAAUUAUAGUAUUGUACGUGUUACAUUGUACUUAUCGACGGAAUUCAAUAAUUUGCCUAUACCUUCCGCCAUUGUUACUUAAGGGUUCUAAAAUCAAAGACGCAUCUAUUUGUCUUAUGUUGCCUUGUCUUUGAACCGAGUCUUAUCUAUAGAUAAUAACAUACGAAGAAAUAGUCACUUUGUAUAGCAUUCAUUUUAUAUUUUUGUAAAUAAUUCAAUUUAUAAAUAAGCUCGCAAUUUCAACUUGAUUUUAGACCCUUCGAUUCUGUUUGUUUUCGUUUUUCUUUUGCGUGCACAUAAUACAGAACACCAACAUUUUGAGUACAUCUUAUAAUAUGUAAAAAAAAAAUCUGCGCUAUAAUUAUUUCUUUCUUUUACUCGUAAUAUAAAGAAAUGUACGACCGGCAUUCUGCACGAGAAUAGAAUGAUCAUAUGUAUACAUACAUAGAUUGUAUGAUUUAAUAGUUUUACCUUUUUUUAUGAACUGUUAGAGUACUUUUUGUAACAAUCAAUAAUGAUUUAUGUAUCCCAUUGGUCUAGUACCAGUGCAUGUAAUGACCUGACUAUUAAUCAUCGUUUUUUUUCUAGCAACUUAGUUUAGUGUAUUCUAUAUUAUGAACUUAUUUAUAACUAAUAUGUGCAUUACUUACCAUAUUUAUUAAAAGCAAUUGCAAGCAAUUAUUCGCAUUUUAAAUGAAGGAUUGUAUUUCAUUGUAAAUUAUUGAAAACACUGCGCUGAUACGAAAGAAAGAAGACCAAACUUUUAUGUUUAUAAGAUAUUCUCUUAAAACGCAUCUGUUUUGUAGAUUUUGUAGUAUUUAUAUUCUUUAUGUUUUACACAUUUUGUUUUAUGCAGAAUCUUUCACAGUAGAAAAAAGUAUAUAUACAUUUCUUUUUAAUAUUAUCUAUUGAUACAUUAAGAAAUAACUUAAUUUUCGUGUGUAAAGGAAAUAUAUUAAUAAAUUGACAAAAAGCUUGUGCGUAUA